UCCAUAAAUAACCGUCUGUGUGCUCUUUGACUCCGGGUGUCCAGGCUCACCGUCCUGCUCCUCCUCCCGGUGCUCCUCCCGGUGCUCCUCCCGGUGCUCCUCCGGACUCCUCUCAUGCCACCGUGACGCGUGGAUCCGCGGCGGUUAGAGCUGGACCGAUCGGAUGCUGAACAUGGCCUUUAUCGGGGACGCGGACCCGUUCACCGCUGCCAUACCUGCCACCAAAGUUGAGCUCACGGUCUCGUGUCGGAACCUUCUGGACAGAGACACAUUCUCCAAGUCUGACCCAAUUUGUGUGCUGUACAUCCAAGGAAUCGCCAACAGAGAAUGGAGAGAGUUUGGCAGGACGGAGGUGAUCGACAACACCCUGAAUCCAGACUUCGUCCGUAAAUUCAUCUUGGACUAUUUCUUUGAGGAACGACAGAAUCUACGCUUUGACCUGUAUGAUCUGGACUGCAAGAGUGACAACCUCUCCAAGCAUGACUUCCUGGGCCAGGCCUUCUGUACUUUGGGUGAGAUCGUGGGUUCUCUGGGAAGUCGCCUGGAGAAACCGUUGAUUGGGAUCCCUGGCAAGAAAUGUGGAACCAUCAUAGUGAGAGCAGAAGAACUCAGCAACUGCAGGGAGUCAGUGAUGCUUCAGUUUUGUGGGAACAAACUGGAUAAAAAGGACUUCUUUGGGAAAUCCGAUCCUUUCCUGGUGUUUUUCCGCAGUAAUGAAGACGGAUCAUACACCAUCUGCCACAAAACAGAGGUUGUGAAGAACACCCUGGAUCCAGUCUGGCAGGCGUUUAAGAUCCCUGUGAGGGCGCUGUGUAACGGAGACUAUGACCGGAGUAUCAAGGUGGAGGUUUACGAUUGGGACAGAGAUGGAGGUCAUGACUUCAUCGGUGAGUUCAGCACCAGCUACAGACAAAUGUCCAGAAGUCAGUCCCAGUUCCACAUCUAUGAGGUGUUAAAUCCAAAGAAGAAAGGAAAGAAGAAGAAAAAAUACCAAAACUCAGGAACGGUGACGUUGCUGUCCUGUCUGGUGGACACUGAGCUGUCCUUCCUGGACUACAUUAGAGGAGGGACUCAGAUUAAUUUCACAGUGGCCAUUGAUUUCACAGCAUCCAAUGGGAACCCGUCCCAGCCCACGUCGCUGCACUACAUGAGUCCGUACCAGCUGAACGACUACGCCAUGGCGCUGAGGGCUGUCGGCGAGAUCAUCCAGGAUUACGACAGUGACAAGAUGUUUCCUGCGCUGGGAUUCGGAGCCAAGCUUCCUCCAGAUGGACGGGUGUCGCACGAGUUCGCCCUGAACGGUAAUCCACAGAACCCGUACUGUAACGGCAUCGAGGGGGUGAUGGAGGCGUAUUAUCAGAGUCUGAAGUCGGUGCGACUGUAUGGCCCCACCCACUUCUCCCCCGUCAUCAACCAUGUGGCCAGGUAUGCGUCUGCGGUGACCGACGGCUCUCAGUACUUCAUCCUCCUCAUCAUCUCAGAUGGCGUCAUCACAGACAUGGCUCAGACCAAGGAGUCCAUCGUCAACGCGGCGUCUCUGCCCAUGUCCAUCAUCAUCGUUGGGGUCGGACCGGCUGAGUUCCACGAAAUGAUCGAGCUGGACGGUGACGAGGAGAGGAUCUCAUCACAAGGACGAUUUGCCGAGAGGGACAUCGUCCAGUUUGUUCCGUUCAGAGAUUACAUCGACCGCAGAGGGAACCAUAUCCUCAGCAUGGCUCGUCUGGCUAAAGAGGUUCUGGCUGAAAUCCCAGACCAGUUCCUGUCCUACAUGAGGACCCGCGGCAUCAAACCAGGCCCGUUACCCCCCCCAUACACCCCCACCUGCCCCCCACAGGCUGUCCACCCCCUCCUCACCCGACGGGUGAGUCGCAUCUAAAGGCUGGGGGUGGGGUGGAGGUCACCUGACUGCAUAGGGGCCAGGUCAGUCCAGACUGAAGCUGAGACCUGGAUCCCGAACUUGGUUCCAGACACUCCUAUUUCACUUCCUCUAUGUCAUAGGUAUGUCGCUAUGGAAACGUUUACAAGACUUUACAAGAAGGAUGAAGUGGCGCUUUCUUCUGCAGGAAACAUCCGAUAAUGGUACUGGUACCGGUACUGGUGCUGGUAUUGAUCAAUGUGAAAACCUCCCGGAGGUGGAGCCUUUGUACAUUCAUCAGAGACUGUGUUUUUUAAGGGGGCGGAGCAUGUGCUUGUUUAACUGAAGCAUGAACUGUUUGUCCUUCACUCAGGGCUUCGCUCCCCCUCCCAUGCUGACCCCUCCUCCCACAUUGACCCCUCCUCCCACACUGACCCCACCCCCUGCCACUGCUACCACGUCCCAUUAGCCUGUCACCACCCAAAACCUUCCCACGCAUCAUUUCAUUCUGCGUCCACCUGCCUGGAAUCUGACAGACGCCGUGCAUCCUGGGAGUCCAUCCUUGUCUCGGACUCUGAUUGGUUGAGACGCUGCGUCCUCGUUGGGUUCUGGAAAUGUGGAUCAGAGCCCAGACGACAAAAACACACACGUCAUCGCCGUUGCAAACGUGUGACAACGUGACCUCCACGUUCACGCUGGAGGAAAGACGGGCUCGGACUAGGUCACAUAGAACCAGACAUAGAUCAAUACUUCUAUCAGAUCAAUCAGAUUAACCAGAAUAACCAGAGCAAUCAGAUUAAUCAAAUCAAUCAGAUUAAUCAGAUUUUUAAAAUUUGUCUAUAAAUCUAUUAACACAAACACAUCUCUACUGCCAUUUAUCUGAAUUAAUUAAAGCAGACGUAUAGAGACCAACCACUGCAGAAUCUGUUAAUAAUUAUAAUUAUCACGUAUGUAAUAAUUAUAAUUAUCAGACAAAUGUUCACUCAUACAUUUCAUCAUCAUCACAAGUUGAAUUUAUGGAACUGAACAUUUUCAAUAUGCUGCAGGAGAAAUAUUAUACAAAAAAUAUAAAAUAUGAGAUAAAUGCAAACAGCAGUAAAAUGAACUCAUGAUACUUUUAUCAUGCUUAUACUUCUUCCAUCAUGGACUCUGAUCCGGACCGGGUUUAGUCCAUCAUGGACUCCGGACCUCAUGGACCUGGACCACAUACAUCUCUGAGCCCAACCUUCUCCGAGCCUUGCCUCCAUUGAACCCUGCCUCCUACGAGCCCCACCUCCUCUGAGCCCUGCCUCCUCCAUCGUGAACGUGGCCUUGGGGCGUUUCUUGUUUUUCUACCUCACGUUGUUUGGUAUUUGUUCUGCUUUUAUAGAAUUGACGUUUCACACUGAAAACAGAUGAUUUUCUAAACCAGAUGUUGAUGAAUCUCAGAUCAGGAAACUCACACUGUAACACACUGUGAAUAAAACACACAAACACACAAACAUGACACCCGUUCCCAACUGGUUUCAUCCAUUCAACCACAAAACUCAACUUUAAGAUGAGAUUCACUGAAUCCAAUUGAACCUCAGAUUAUUUACAACAUGAUGAAACUAAAGACAAACUGAAGGACCCGAUUAAAAAAACAGUGAA